AUGGGAACUCAAAGUGAAGCAUUAAAAAAUAUAAAGAAUAAAAUAAGAAGACAAAAAGUAUUUUCACAGAUCAAGCAUGAUAAAAAUAAAGAAAGACAUACGUUGCGUAAAGAAAGAGCAAAAGAAGAAAGAGCAAAUCCAGAAUUAAAAGAUAAAAGAAUAGUUGAAAAUAUACCCGACACAAUAGAUUCAAAAAGAAUAUAUGAUGAAACUAUAGGUACAGAAGUUGAAGGUAAAGAUGAAUUUGAUAAAUAUUUUACAAAUUUAGGUAAAGAUCCGAAAAUAUUAUUAACUACCAAUUUUAAUGCUAGAAAUGCUGCUUAUGAAUUUGCUGAUAUAUUAAUGGAUUUCUUACCAAAUGUUACAUUUGUAAAGAGAAAACAAGGUUAUCAAAUACCAGAUAUGGUACAGUUUUGUAAUAAUCGUGAAUAUUCAACAAUAAUAAUAAUAAAUGAAGAUAAAAAGAAAGUUACAGGAUUGACAUUUAUAAAUUUACCAGAGGGUCCAACUUUCUACUUUUCAAUAUCUUCAGUAACUGAAGGUAAAAAAAUUGCAGGACAUGGUAAAGCUCAAGAUUUCUUACCUGAAUUAGUAUUAAAUAAUUUUAAUUCAAGAUUAGGUAAAACUAUUGGUAGAUUAUUUCAAAGUAUAUUUCCGCAUAAACCAGAAUUACAAGGUAGACAAGUUGUAACACUACAUAAUCAAAGAGAUUAUAUAUUUUUUAGAAGACAUAGAUACAUAUUUAGAAAUGAAGAAAAAGUUGGAUUACAAGAAUUGGGUCCACAAUUUACUUUGAAAUUGAGAAGAUUUCAAAAGGGAAUUAGAGGUGAUAUAGUAUGGGAACAUAAACCAGAUAUGGAAAGAGAUAAAAAGAAGUUCUACUUGUAG